GUUGGAGGCAGUCUUUUACAGCUUUUACACUUGAAGCAUCAAGAACGUUGAAUUUCAAAACUUUGGAAGAGUCAACGCAACCUUUCAUCAUUUGAAAUAGUGUUUGGAAGUUUCUGCAAGCUUCUUCCAAGUAUUCCCUUAAAAGGAACCUGGAAGAAAUCGAACAGGCAAGUAUUUAAGAAAAGUUCGGGGUAUUGGCAAAGCCCAGCUAAAGCUAUAAGUAAUUUGGCAUCGUUUGAAGCGAAUUGCUUGUAAUACAAUUGAAAAAGUAGUUUGCAAGCUACUUUUUUUUGAAAAAUUCUCUGAUAAGGCUAAAGAUUAGCUGUGAAUUUUCCACGAUCCCUUUGGUCCACGUAGAACGGACGUGCGUAACAACCGCCAACGUAGCAGCAGCCGACGGGGAUAAAAAAUAAUUUUGUGACACUGCUCAAACGUGGUUAAGUGCUCUCGGACUACGCAACGUUGAUAAAACGUGUUAGUCUACAACCGAUUACGACAAUGAACGGUACCGUUUUGGCAGAGAACAUUGGAGAAAGUCCAGAAAUUGUUAGAAAAGAGGAAGCUAAAGUAGAAGUUAAGGAGGAAGAAAAUGUAGACGAUAGUAGCGCCGAUAGCGAAGAAGAUUCCGACGAAGAUGGCGGGGAAGAUCAAGCAAUACGACAAGCAAAGUUGGAAAAGACGAAGAAAGUCUUGGGCAGCCGUCGCGUAAUGCAUAUAAAGUAUGGAGAAUUUACACUAACUGUGUUGAAAGAUAUUGAUAGACGACUUGGAAUUGUUCAGGAAGCUCUUAUGACGGAGAUUAAUUAUAUUUUAGAAACUGACCGAAUUAAUUGUCGUAACCGCCAGGGGUUUUAUAAAAUUUUAUACGGAGCUCAGCAUCAAAUUGACGAGCUACGCCUUCAAGUUCAACAACUUAGCCAAAUUUGUAAGGAAAAACAGAAUCAUCGAAGUACUACUAAUCUAGAAUCAAGCGAUGAGGAGGAGGCUAGUUCAUUCCUAUUCUCGGAAACGAUUGUUAGAGCAUUUACGGAAAGUGACGACGGCUAUACUGCAAAUAUCAGCUUAGGAGAUAUUGAUAAAGCUAAGGCAAUGGAUUCUACUCGAAAGAGAAAUGUUAACGAAAAUAUGACUGAUUUACCUAGAAAAAAAUCAAAGAAUGACGAAAAACAAACUACUCACGACAAACAGGAAAAAAGUGAAAAUAAAGAUACUUCCAUUGAUGAAAAUACCGCAAAUGCUAAAAAUUAUUUUUCUAAAGGAUUUAAUCUUCUUGGUAUUAAACAUUUGGAACACCUCCGAAAUAUUUUGGAACGUACUCUAAUUGAUCAAACUGAAGAAGAAUUUCAAAGAAAUUUAAGCGAGGUAUGCGUACACAAUGCGGAAAUUCGUCAAAAUGCUUUAAUUAGCCAAAGGAUUGAACGUUUGCGUAACAUCACUCACUUGAUGACACAUUUGAUGGAUUUAAUGGAAUAUAUUGUUCAGAGCGCAAUAACGAUUCUAACGAUACCGAGUGAAGAAUAA